AUGUACAACAACGACACGUCUCGCGACGCCGCCGCGGUCGAUCUGUCGUUCUCACAGAUCCUGGAGGUGCGUAGUACAUUGCACCAACAGCAACGACGACGUCGCAAACCUCCAGUGACGAAUGGGCAGCUCCAACGACCGGCUAAUCAGCAAGUGCGACGAUUCCCGCCGCCACCUCCAGGCACGCCAUCAACGUUCCUCGAGAGCGAAGAUAACGCACCUCCAGCGUAUGGCAACGGCAUGUUGGACUCAGUAUAUGAAGGUAGCGAAGAUAUACUUGAGGAGGGCGAAGAAGAGGCGCGUACGGGCGUCGCCACCCACAUGGACAACAGCAUGGAGGACGAAGAUUGGACCAAUGGGGACGACGGACAGCUCGGACAGGACAUGUACAGGUUCGUGCAGCCAAGACGAUUGUCUUCUUGGGUACAGGACGACGCAGUGUUCGCCUGUUUCAAGUGCCACACGGUCUUCUCGCUGCUGAUCCGCAAACAUCAUUGUCGUGCAUGCGGACGCAUCUUCUGCUCGGCUUGUUCGAGUCAACGUGUGGUUAUUCCAGUCGACUACGAGGCGACACCCGUAGCUCCGGCUUACAACUCGUUGACGACGAAUGCUAGCGAUCUGAUUGGCAAUAUUAGCUGGUACCUGACGUCCUAUUCCAGUCCCAACGCGGCCUCGGGCGUGGAUAUGAGUGGCAGUACAGCCAUUCGACACUCGCAGUCAUUCGUGGACUCCGGGACGUUAACGCCAGAAGAGCAACAAGAGAAGUUCUUGAAAGACGUACAGAGGCUUCAAGAGAGCAACGUGAUCAGCAAGUUUACGCCCAAUAGAUCGCGAUCAGGCAGCGCUUCGUCGAGUACUGGAGCGAUGGCGUCCAGCUCGCAUAGAUCCAUGCAUGUACCUGAUGGCAGCGUCAUGCAACGUGUGUGUGACGACUGCGCGUGUGCAUUGCAACAACGACGACAUCACUACAACACCGUCAAGGUGUUCGAACUCUGUGAGUUUGACCUACAAGAGCUACGAACGCUGGGCCAAGUGUGUCGCAAGUGGCAUCGAGCGACGAUCAUGUGUCUGUCCAUGUUCCGUCAGAUCCAGUACUAUCUACCCACUCAUCGCUUGUCAGAGAGAGAGAAGAAGAUGCUGAUCAUCAACCGCAAGUUCCUUGGUGGCCAUACCAAGUGGCUAUUGCAGCUCGUGAAAGCUGUGGAUUUCUCCGAAGAGAACGAACUGGAACAUUUCGUAACGAAUUUGACGGAGAGUGAAGUUGAAGGCCCUGCGUCGGCUCGAAGACGACAUGAACGGAACUCGAAGCUGAUCGAUGAAGUGCUGGAGUUGCUGCAACAAGAACGCAAGCAUAAGUGCAUGUUGACGAUGUGCUCGCGUCUCUGCAAGCCUCAAAUUGGCAGCGUCGACGCUCUGGAGAUCCUAGCGGACGAGACGAUAUACAACCAUCGACUACGUGCGAUGGCGGUAGACGCUCUGCUCAAGACUGCGACGGAGAACGAGUGGUGGAGCUAUCUACAAGUCCUGUUGCACAGUCUUAGUGUGGAAACGAAUGCUGCAGGAAGCAAACUGGGUCAGUCGCUGCUUCGUCAGGCUCAGUGUGAUAUUCGCUUCUGCUAUGAUUUCUAUUGGGGACUAACAGUCAUGGCAGAGGACCCGAGUUGUCGACGUAAGUUCGAUGGCAUGAAGCAGCGACUAGUACUCACACUGGCGCAGUUUAAGGACAAGUCGUCGAAUGGGAGUUUGACGGAGACAAGGAAGUUCGUCAACGAUGACAUUGCAGAGCAGCUUCUUCGAGGACAAGAGCUUGUGGACUUGAUGUGGAAGAUCCCGCCGCGUAUCCCGGUCGAUGACGCACGUCGCAUUCUGGAAGCGUCGAUCAACAAGUCGUCUCUUGGUGCGUCGACUACAAGAGAUGACAACCAGGUAUCAAAAGGUGAACAGGAAUGGCGACCUCUGCGUCUUCCGGUGGACCCACAAGUCAAGGUAAGAGGCAUUAAUUACCAGAAAACCGAAGUUAAACGCAGCGCGGAGGCACCCAUGAUCAUCAUGUGCACGGGCGUCGAUCGCGACGAAGAAGCUGAAGACACUGCGGAUGCCUGUACAGAGUCGCAGCGUAACACGUGGAGUCGACGCACUCAGAAGCUGCCCCACUAUCGACUCAUGUACAAGCGAGACGAUCUACGGAAAGACUCGAUCGUGCAGAACAUCAUCAACGUCAUGUAUCUGAUACUGAAGCAAGAGACGAGACUGGAUAUCCCGCUAGUGACGUAUCGCGUGCUCCCGACAAGCACCUUUGACGGACUCAUUGAGAUCGUGGAGAACGCACACACACUGUACUCCAUUAUUCGUGACCACGGCACGAUCAUGAACUUCCUGCAUCACUACAACGGGCAUCGCACACUCAGCGACAUUUCUUCGUCAUUUCGAGAGAGUUUGGCGGCGUAUACAGUGAUCACGUUUCUAUUGGGCGUAGGAGACCGACACGCAGACAACGUGAUGCUGACGAGGGAUGGCAUCCUGUUCCAUAUCGACUACGGCUUUAUUCUGGGCAAAGAUCCCAAGCCUCUGCAGCCUCCGAUGCGUCUGGAUCACUACAUGAUUGAAGCUCUGGGAGGCACACAGACCCCGCAAUUCGAGCAGUUUAAACAGCUCUGCGUCAUUGCGUUCAACUGUUUGAGGCGACAUGUGAGUCUAUUUAUGAUCAUGUUGACGCUGGUGGUCAAGGCAUUGCCAGAGAUCACGGAUUUCGGGGUGAAUUACACCCAGAGCGACCUCGAAGCGUUUGUUAUCGAACGUUUCUUACCUGGCCAAUCGGACGAUGAAGCAGCUACUGCUUUGAUGCUGCGGAUGGAGGGCAAACUGAACGAACGGAUCGGUAUGAAGCUUAGCGAUUUCGUCCACGCGCACUCGAAUGAGAAGACGGUGUCGAAAGGCAUGACCUCAGUGGGAUCGUCGGUUAAGAUUGGAGUGGAGGCUGUCGAAGCUACGGUGUCCACUGUGGCGAGCUCGCUUACUAGUGGGGCGUCGUCUAUCUACAAGUACAUGUGGGGUGGGCCGCAACGGUAA